AAUCAGUUUCAUUCUGCACUCUUUUGGAAUUUGUGCAGUUAUUUUGGAGUCGUUAAUCUUACAAAUUGAUAGUCUCUCAGCAUUGGCAAGGACAAUGGAUUUCAGAAUCCGUACGACUUCCUUUUCUUAAAACAGGGAUUAAAUGCUGCAGUCUGAGAUCUUAGGUCAGGAAGAAAACUUUUCCCUUGUCAACAUUUGCUUUUGUCUGGACAAACUAGAAGGAAGUGACAGAACAGCAAGAAGUCUUUCUUCACCGUUGCCUUUGUUGCAGCUGGAAAACCUCCCCUGGAACAGGAUCGUACUUGAUGUUGAUUGAAAAAAAUGGGUAAAUUCCUGUCAAAGAUCUUUGGAAACAAAGAAAUGCGGAUUUUGAUGCUAGGCCUGGAUGCAGCCGGGAAGACCACUGUCCUGUACAAACUCAAACUGGGACAGCCCACCACCACCAUCCCCACUGUAGGUUUUAACGUGGAGACAGUGACGUACCGGAAUGUGAAGUUCAACAUCUGGGAUGUGGGUGGCCAGGACAAGAUCCGACCCCUUUGGAGGCACUAUUACACAGGCACCCAGGGGCUGAUCUUCGUGGUGGAUUGUGCUGACCGGGACCGCAUUGACGAAGCCAGGCAAGAGCUCUACCGCAUCAUCAAUGACAGAGAAAUGCGCGACGCCAUCAUUCUGGUAUUUGCGAAUAAGCAAGACCUGCCCGAGGCCAUGAAACCUCACGAGAUCCAAGAAAAGCUGGGACUGACCAGGAUAAGAGACCGCAACUGGUAUGUCCAGCCUUCCUCAGCAACCACUGGUGAUGGACUUUAUGAAGGGCUGACCUGGCUCACUUCGAACUAUAAGACUUCUUGAGAAGAAAGUUCAAACUUCACAGACUCGCCCAAACUCAUUGCUUUCGGCUUGGCGGAGUGGACAUGGAACCAAUUCAAAUGAAGAGGAGCUGCUUUUAAUGAUGUAGCCAGGAUGUGAUAAAUUGCUUCUGCCUUGUGCCAUUGAGUUUAUUAGCAGGAACUGCAAAGUUAGCCAACAGUCCAGUGAAAGCUGCCUUUAUUACAUUCUCAGUAUAAGCUAUAGGAAGAAAAUCUUUUACUAAUUCAUUUCAGGAAAGUUGAUGGUUAUAAAGUUCAUCAGAAGAUUGGUAAAAAGCCAAUCACUUACACUAAAUGAUUGUUUUAUCUUUGUGUUCCAACACUUAAAUACCACGUAGCGUUUAGAAUUUAGUUCAGAAAUUAUGUUAAAUUACAAUUCCAGAGUUUUUUUUUCAAGUUUUGACAACAGAGAUUUGAUGUUUUUAUCUGAUAAUAUAGCAGUUGGAAUAUAUGUUCUUAUUAUUUGGAGAAGUGAGAAUUGACUGAGAUUAACACUUCUGUUGUUAUGCAAUAAUGUAUUGGAAGCAGAACAUUGUGGUAGUACUACUGUUUUGCUGUACUUCUGUAACAUCAAGUUGAAAAUUAACAAUAUAUGACAAAAGUUAUAUUUAUUUUAAUAAUUUUCUUGCAAAUACGCUC